AGCUUUGGCAAGCCAUCGAUUGUUUUGCGAAUUAUCGAAUAGCUCUUUGUUUACUUUUUAGGUCCAAGAAAAAGGGUUAAAGCUUUUUAUUAAAUUAAUUUGUAUGUGAUUGACUUGCGGUUACUGUUUCUCCCCAUAAUGAGCUGCUUUGGCUGCAGCCGCAAAUAUGGUCUAUUCUGCAAGGAAUACGGAUGCCCCAACUGCGGCUACUCCUUCUGCGCCAAGUGCCUGAAGAGGCCCAUGCCCGUGCCCCGGCACGCGGGGAAGGUCCUCAAUGUCUGCCUCAUCUGCUACGACAAGCUGUCCAAGCUGCAGGCCAGCGCCGAUGCCGAGAAGGUGGUGGACUGCGACGCCCUGCCCGGCGAGUUGGUCACCAAGUUCCAUCUAGCCCCGCCGCCAAAGUCCACCUCGCCGACGGAUGGACUCAACGAGGCGGCCGACGCUCUUCUCGACAAGUGUCUCCCGUCCGAGGAUCUGGCCGCUGUGCUGGUGCCCAUGAAUGGAGCCAGCGCUUCCACUUCCGCAGCGUAUUCCAAGAACCACGAGGAGGACAUUGACGAGAACCUGGACAGUGCAAUAUCCAAGCGGAUUCAGAACCUGAAGCGUGUCGAUGCCACAGAUGACGAGAUACGCGCUCGCCUCGCCAAUCUUAGUGGCAUGCCGCACCAAAGGAACUACGACAAGAAGGACUUACUACUCUCCACAGACCAAAGAAACGACCAGGAGAAGAUCAGGGAUCUGCUCGAGCAGUUCAUGGGGGAAUCGGAGCUGGAUCAGCGUGUUGGCGAACAGCGGGACGAGGCUAUUUCGGACAUUGAGCGCCGUUUGCGUGCUCUUCGCGAUGCUCCAAUCGAUACCGAGGCAAGUCGAACCGGCGGCGUCACCAACGUCAGCACGCCCAGCGACAACGAAGAGGACGAGAAUGAUGAGACGAUUCUACAGAAUACAGUGAAGAAGUACUUGGACGAAGCAAACUUGCCCACAAUAGCCAGCGAUGAACAGGCAGAACUCAAUAGCCAGGUCCCGAACAACAACGCCGCCGUGGAGGAACUCCCCUGGUGCAAUAUCUGUAACGAGGAUGCCGUCUUCCGUUGCCAGGGCUGUGAUGGCGAGCUGUUUUGCGGACAAUGCUUCAAGGAGUGCCACGACGACGACGAGGAGUAUCGGGCGCAUGUCAAGGUAAAAUACAGUGCCCCGCCCAAGUUUAAGGAGAAUCACUUCUAAUUCCGUGUCCGAGCUUUGCUCCGUUUGUUAAUGUUUUUAUUUAAGGCAAUUCUAAAGUCAAAGUAAACCUAUUUUUAGCUCUAAUUGUU